UCGCCAGUGCGCGCGCUCGUCUAAUGCCCGUAAUACACAGUCAAACUAAUUAAGACAUAAAUUAACAACAUUAACCGAAUAAACCUUAAUUAUGUGACUAAAUUAAAAAUGGUGUUGUUUAUGAUAAUCGACUAUUUAAUUUCUUGCGCUCACUGUUAAAAUUUCACAAUGAUGGAUCAAAGGCAGAACAUUUAUCCGGCUAAUUUGACGGAUUUGUUAGCUGUGUCGGCGUACCAGCAGAACUGCGACAGGCUGUCGAUGAAAGCCGACGGCGAAGAGAAAUACAAUGGAGACAGUUUCGCCGACAGUGCGGACCGUUUUGUGGACAGUGGCGACCGUUUCGCCGACAGGUCUUCGUCGCCAGCGUCCACUUUGGACGACGGCGAGUCAAGUCAGUCGGCGUUCGGCGUCGACUUGACGGGAAAGUCUACCAAUUUGGCGGGAAAGUCGUUCACCAUUGCCGCCAUAUUGGGCCUGACGAAUUCCGAGGAAGAUGUAAUGAAUUUAAGCGUGCAGGAACGCUUGCAACAUAACCAACGGCAUUUACAGACAUAUUUAUACGCAGGUCAAGAUAUGCAGAGGUUCAAUGACGGUUUCUGCAGAAGUAUGGUAGGAGUCUCUGCAGGUUUAAGACAAGACAGUCCGAGAUCGGACUUGAGGCCGCAGGUGGGGCAACUGAAGCCUUCCAGGAGUCACUCGAUGUCGUGUAGCAAUAGUUCAGGUAGAAGUAAAAGAAUACGUACCAUCUUCACACCAGAACAGCUGGAGAGACUUGAGGCGGAGUUUGAAAGGCAGCAGUAUAUGGUGGGACCCGAGAGACUAUACUUGGCGCAUGCGUUGCAGCUAACGGAAGCACAAGUAAAAGUGUGGUUUCAGAACCGCCGAAUCAAAUGGCGUAAACACCACCUCGAGGUGACGCAGCAGAGGCUCGCGGUCCUCCAGCGGCACAGGCCAGAGCGGGACGACGACAUGUGAACGUAGCUUUGUACUGUGACGACUCUAAUGAGAACUCUUGUAUUUAUUUAUCGGUGAAGUGUACGAGUGAUGGGUACGAUUUACAAAACAAGAAUUGGUGUAAUUGUUAAACGCAUUGAAACGCAGAAAUCAGGGCGUGUAUUUUAAAUUUUCAAUAACUAGGACUUUAUUGCUCGAAUUUCAAAAAAAAUAUUUCAAAUCACGCGUCAAUUUCAAAUAAUAUUUUUUUUUUAUUAUUAUUUAUUUAUUUAUUCAUAGGAAAACCAGGGCUAGACUAGAGCAAAAAAUACAGUUUAGGAUCACAAAAUAAGUCAGUAAUAGGCUUUCACAAGUAGCAACAAUAUAGAUACAAGGCGUUAAGUACACAAUGAAACAAAAAUAGAGGUUAACAAAAAAAAAAUGAAGUUAAAUAAAAGCUUGUAAAAAAAAAUUAACAAACAAGAACGAAACCAUUUAGAUGACUUUUCUGAGAUCAUAUUGCAUACAGUUUGUUACUCUCGGUCACAAUGUGCGGAAGAUCGGUGAUUAUGUAGAUUUAACGUCGUGAGACGAUAUAGAUACAAGGCGCUGUAUACAAAGCAACGAAAAUAGGAGUUAACAAAAAAUAAAAUACGAACAAACAAGAACGAAAACAAAAAAAAAAAUUAUAAAAUACAAAGUAAAAGUUAAUUACAAGUAUUUGAUUAAAAUAUGGCCUUCUUGUUCUGUUAAUAAUUGAAUGUAUUUUUAUAAUUGCUUAAAUUAUCAUAGUGUAGUUUUGACUGCGUGAAUUUUACGAGAAGGUAAUAGCGGAAUUUUAGUAUAUCUAAUAUAUAAAAUUCUCGUGUCGCGGUGUUUGUUACCAAACUCCUCCGAAACCGCUUUACUGAUUUUCAUGAAAUUUUGUGUGCACAUCGGGUAGGUCUGAGAAUCGGCGAACAUCUACUUUUCAUACCCCUCAAUGAUAAGGGUGACCCACCCCUAAAAAUUUUUUUUAUAUUUUUUUGACAAAAUUUUUAAUUGUGUUUUAAAUAUGAUUUAGUAUUGAAAAAUACAUACAACUUUAAAUUUUCAUCGUUUUACGAUCAACUCCCGUAUUUUAAUCGCGAUUUUUAUAUUUCGCAAUAAGUGGUAAAACAACGUUUACGGGGUCAGCUAGUUUUUUUAUAACAUAGAAUGGUAAAAAAUCCUUUGAGCAUAUGUUACUGCUCACCUGAUAGUGUUUACCGCCGCCCAUAGACACCCGCAAUAUCAAAGAUAUUGCAAGCGUUUUGCCGGCAUUUUAGGAAAGAUAAUGAACUUUUCUUCAUGAUUUCAAAGUCUCUUUUCGGAAAUACUGCUGCUGGUAAUUGGUUCCGUACUUUAAUUUGUAUAGACAAUGUUAUACGAUAAAAAUAUAUACACCAGCCUGCUAUGAAUUGAGAAAAAUAACAACUGACGGUGUAUCUUUCGUCCUCUUUUUACUAAUUAUAUUUGCAUAAGAAAAAAGGAGGCAACCAUAUGAUUUACAGUUUUUAUUUUAUCAUUCUCUUUAUAUAAUUCCUUGUUCUUAGAAUGAAAUUCAGCGGCUGAUAUCAAUUAGCCGUGAAGCAGUUGUGUUUGCAUGGCUGUGUUUCGGUUUGAAGGGUGGGAUAUGGCGUGAAUUUACAGGGUACAGAGGAAUAACACCCGAGUCCUCAGGAAUGGCAAUGCAUGGGGGGUAUCAUGGACGAAACAGUAUACUCUGUUAUGUCCAUGGUACUGCUCAUGUCUAUAGGCGACGGUUACCACUUUCCAUCAGGUGGGCCGUCAGUUUGUUUGCCAUUCUAAGUUGUAUAAAAAAAAAUCUGUUAAUAAAACCGGCACUAUAUUUUAUUUUAUUUUGUUUUUUUUUUUUAUAACACGAGCAUGCGGCUCACCUGAUGGUAAGUGACUACCGCCACCCUGAGCAUCCGCAACACUAGAGAUGUUUCUAAUUAAGAUGAAACUGUAAGAUCCAAUUUAUAUCAUGUUUAUUUUUGUAUGUGACCCAUUCAUUUCUGCGUUCCACUGCAGCUGCUAUGGAUACCACAGUGACAUGUGAACUGUUAUAUUACUUGUAUGUACUGAGUAAAAUAAAGUGUACGGAAAAACACGUUUUUAAUAUUCUUAAUAUAUUAGUAAAUUAGUUUUUUUUAUAUCCCCUCUCACCGUUCUG